ACAAUCUCCCUACCGUAACAGUGUAAGAACAAGUUGAUGUCCGUAUAAAUUAAUCUAUGUAAAACCGGGUAUUAAUUACGAUCCCGAACAUCUAGAAGCAUUAGUAUGGUCAACUAGAACAAUGGGUUUCGUCGAUAUGGCCUGUUCGUUACCAUCGAUUAUGCGUACAACUUGUGUACAUACGUCUUUAAGUGCUUCGAAGCAUGUAUACACUAGAUUCACAGCCUAAGGUUGUCUUAUUGCAUACACUAAGUGGAAGUUAUUAGUGAGCUUUCUUAGCCGAAAUUCACUCUUGGUGGAACUGGACGUGGUAUUCAUUGCACAGAGAAUCACUUCCAUAAUGUAUCUCCAUGUCCAACAAUUGCUACGUUGAAAUAAAUCUAUGAUGGUUAUGCCGACCAUGAAACGCACACAUAUCUACGAAUUAAAUCUUUGGUAUGUACACACAAAAUACUACCACACAACAACAUGUAGUCAUUGAAACGCCAAAAAUCCAGAUUGUCAGCCGCAGUAUUUAAACCCUAAAGUAUAAAUUUACUUGGGGUGAAGUAUGUGUGAAUAAUUGACAUUGUCUUCCUUCACUCGAUUGUAUCGGCUAACUAGUUAUUAUGCGUCUACUGAUUCUUGAAGAUCCUGAAGAAGUUGCAGUAUGGGCUGCUAAAUACGUAAUGAAAAAGAUAACUGACUUCAGCCCAUCUGAAUCGAGAUACUUUGUUCUUGGUCUUCCAACCGGUUCAACUCCUUUGGGUAUGUACAAGCGGUUAAUUGAAUUUCAUCAUGAUGGCAAACUUAGUUUUCGGUAUGUGAAAACCUUCAAUAUGGACGAGUAUUUGGGAUUGUCUCACGAUCAUCCACAAUCUUACCAUUACUACAUGUAUCAUAAUUUUUUCAAACAUAUAGAUAUAGAUCCGAAAAAUGUGCAUAUACUCAAUGGAACAACUAAUGAUCCAGAGGCCGAAUGCGAAAUGUUUGAAAUGGAGAUAAAGAAAGCUGGAGGUAUUCACUUGUUUGUUGGUGGAAUAGGCCCGGAUGGUCAUAUCGCCUUUAACGAGCCAGGUUCUAGCUUAGUAUCUCGCACACGUGUCAAAACACUGGCAAAGGAGACUAUUGUAGCUAAUGCUAGAUUUUUUGGAGAUAACAUGUCUCAGGUUCCUGAGCGUUGCUUGACAGUGGGAGUUGGAACGGUAAUGGAUGCUAAUGAGGUUAUGAUUCUAGUCACUGGGACUUCUAAAGCAUUAGCAUUGCAGAAAGCAAUCGAAGAGGGAGUAAAUCAUAUGUGGACAGUAUCUGCUUUCCAGCAUCAUAAGAAAGCUAUAUUUGUUGUUGAUGAAGAUGCGACAAUGGAACUCCGCACAAAAACUGUUCGUUAUUUUAAAGACCUAGACAGUAUACAUCGCAAGCUAAAUGAAAUAUCAUUUUAGUUAUGUUUUGCUUACAGAUGUCCUAGUGAUUUUAAAUAAAACAUUGUAACAAUU